CGGGCUCGUGCACAUAGUGUUUGUUGUGGUAAAAUAGCAGUGAUCAAGCGUGCUGCGGCAAGGAUGCAAGCUGUUUUGACCACAGCAGACAUCGAAUAGCGUGCUCACCCUCACUUAAACAACAUGGAGGAAUAAAAUACAGCAAAACAGUGGCGUCCUGCUCUAUCCAUCUCAUCAAGCACAGCACGUGAAGCAUGCAAUGCAUUUAUUCAGAAUGGGUUUUUUUCGCUCGCGCUGGCCUGCCGUCGCAAAUGCAUCACAAUGUUUGUCAUAUUAUGCAUGCAGAUGUGUAGUACAGCUGCAUCCAUUAGCUGUUAAGAGCCCUUGGAAUAAUGAGCCAGACGCCAGAGCCUUCAGCCGAUGCAGCUGUGACUGAAGCUCCAGUCACUCAAUCUGAAACCAAGCAAUCAACAGCAGGGAAGAAACAGAACAAAAAGAAAGUGGAAGAAGUGGUGGAGGAGGAAGAAGAGGAGUAUGUUGUGGAGAAGGUCCUGGAUCGGCGUGUGGUGAAGGGAAGAGUGGAGUAUUUCCUCAAGUGGAAAGGCUUUUCUGACGAGGACAACACCUGGGAACCAGAGGAAAACCUAGACUGUCCUGACCUCAUAGCAGAAUUCCUUAAGUCGCAGAAAACGGCUGAAUCUGGAGGCAAGAGGCGGGCCGAGUCAGACGGAGAUGGAAAGGAGACCAAAAAGCGCAAGGAUGAGCCUGAGAAACUCAGAGGUUUUGCACGUGGUUUGGAUCCUGAGAGGAUUAUUGGUGCUACAGACUCAAGUGGAGAACUCAUGUUCCUCAUGAAAUGGAAAAACUCUGAUGAAGCUGAUCUAGUACCAGCCAAGGAGGCAAAUGUAAAGUGUCCACAAGUGGUCAUCUCCUUUUACGAGGAACGUCUCACCUGGCAUUCAUACCCCACUGAAGAGGAAGAGAAGAAGGAUGACAAAAACUAGACACACACACACACACACAAAAAAAAGAUGUUAGGGACAGUCAAUAUCAGUCAUGGCCAUUGGUAUGCUUGUUUUGUUCCUCUUCUUCUUAUUUUUUAAGAUGGCAAAGGAAAACAGUCAGAAAUAUUUGUAAGUAGCGACAGUAUAAACAGUAAUCUACAUAGGUUUCAGUGUAUUUUAGUUUGGGCACCGUUGCCAUAGAUGAAGCAAAUCGAACACUGCUGUCUCAGUGUGCUUGACAGGUGACUUUGCACAUUAAUGUACUCUUCAUGCUUUCUAUUGACGGAAACAUUCAGAUCAUGUUUUGAAGGAGAAUCAUCGUCUGAUAUUCAUACAUGUGAAAUAGUGUUCUUUACAUGUUAGAAAUGUCGAACAACCCACCCUGUGUAGAUUACAGUGUUUAGUCUAUCAUACAGAGUCGGUUUUGCUUGAUGCUGUAGCUGUCUCAAAAAAAACUGCCCUGAUUUAUUCCACGAUUCUUAAUUUUAUGUAUAUAUAUAUAACUAAUGUUAAAAUAUUACUGCCUUAACAGAUUAUUAAGAAAAUGACAAUUUUAUACAUCUGUCAAUGCAGGUGGUUAAUUAACGCAUGACUGUAUCUAGCCCCAUGGUAAAAGAAGUGUAAGAUAUAGGCCUUAUUUGACGUUUGGAACUGGCUUUGAUACGAUUGGUUUUAUAAAGAAAUGCCAGCAGCUGUUACUCUUCAGUGUUUGUUUGCCCACGGCGUGUUUGGUCUCCCCAUAGGUGCUAUUUGUGAGAAGGCCCAUUGGAUAUUACCAGUCUUUCUUGACGUGGUCUUGACAUUUGUGUUUGUAAAUAGGUUUGCCAUUUCCUAGCACAUCAGUAUCACUGUGUACAGUCAGCCGAAGAUUGGUUUUUACUUUGAUAACUCUUUGACUUAUCACUUUCACAUGACAAAGUAGAAGAACUGUAACAUUUGUUCUCCUGUAGUAUGUUUUUAUGUUCUGAGCUUUAAUGAUUGUAUGCUAGUUUUGUUUAACCAUAUUAUUAUUAUAGCAUAUUAAUGAAAUACCAUUUUCAAAAAUAAAGAUCUUUGUUGUAUUUCUGUCAAAA